CGUGUUUCCGUAGCGGCGCGUUCAUUCUGCAUUCCCCGGGCGCGUUCGAACCCGACCCUUCACUUUCGGACUCCGUCUCGUCCGCCACGAUCGCGUCUCGAUUUUAGGGUUCCGGCCGUGGGCGGCAGUGGCUCUGCCUAGCCGCAAGCAUUCGAAUCGAAGCAACCCUGCUACUUCUCCGGUUCGAGUUCUCGCAAGUUAUCCUCCUCCCGCUCCUCUCCUCUAUUUCCACUCUCUCCAGUUUGUCUGCCGAGUCGGAGAGUGCUUUCCCCCUCUGGUUUCAAGGAUCCUGUCCGAGAGUUGUCUCAUUGGUUGGUCUUUCAUGUACAUGAAGGAGCUUCCUGGAAAUAGCCUCUUGUAAAAAGCAGGGGACAUGGGUUUGUUUCGUAAUUGCAAGUAGUGUGCCCUAAACUUCUGUUGCUAGAAAAGAUAUUCAAUAUAUGAAAGUUAUGAUAUGUACAUCAAAAUUUCCUUGCUUUCUGAACAAAAAUAAAAAACAAGCAUGAAUAUGAAACUUAGUUAAUCAAUUCAUACUGCAUGAAAGACCGGAAUUACAUUUCAAUUAUACAUGAUAAUGGAGUGCAACAAGGAAGAAGCUAUGAGAGCCAAGGAUAUUGCAGAGAAAAGGAUGCAAAACCAAGAUUUCAUUGGGGCUCGGAAGUUUGCUCUGAAGGCCGAACAACUGUAUCCCAGCAUUGAGAACAUUUCUCAGAUGUUAACUAUCUGUGAUGUCCAUAUCUCUGCUGGGUGCAAGGUGAAUGGACAAAUGGAUUGGUAUGGAGUUCUCCAGGUUGAAUUGAGAGCUGAUGACUUGUCUAUCAAGAAGCAAUACCGUAAACUUGCUCUUUUACUUCAUCCAGAUAAGAAUCAAUUGCCAGGUGCUGAAGCUGCCUUCAAGUUAAUUGGGGAAGCACACAUGAUUCUAUCAGACCGUUCAAAAAGAGGCAAUUAUGAUUCUAAAAGAAACAAGCCCAGUAAAGUUCCUCCUACUAGGCAGCAUCCUCAGAGUUCAAGUGUAAAAACUCAGACUCAAAGUAAUUUUAACACAGUUAACUUUAGUGGGAUAAAACUUCAGCAGCAGCAGCAGUCUUCGUUUUCCAAUUUUGAAAAGACCUUCUGGACAAUAUGCCCUGUUUGUGGAAUACGAUAUCAGUAUUACCGAAGCAUUUUAAAUAGAUCCCUUCGCUGUCAUAACUGUUUGCAUUCUUUUGUUGCAUACGAUAUGAAUGAUAUGAAUGUUAAACCCAUGUCUUCAGUCCAACCCCCAUCUAGUAGUCAUGGAAUGCAGAACAAUCCAAGUCAGAAAGUUAAUAGUAACGACCAACAAAGCCAAUCUGGGGAUGCAUUUUCUGUCAAGUCAAGUUUAGACAAUGGUCGUGAACAUGCAGACAAGACGACAACCCUGACUGGAAGAAAAAGAAAGGGUGUUCAUUCAAAUGGCAGUGUUAGUGACAAUGUAGUUGUGCAAAAUGGUCGUCCUAUUAAACACGGGACUAGUCAAUAUGGGGCAUGCAGGUCUGGAGAUGAAACUGAUUUUGGCCCCAAGAUGUCUCCUGUCCAAAGUUCCUUUGAUUACCCUGAUCCUGAAUUUGGAAACUUUGACAAACUCCGGGAUGCAAGUCAAUUUUUUGUCAAUCAAAUAUGGGCACUGUAUGAUAGUAAUGAUGGGAUGCCUAGGUUUUAUGUUCAAAUAAAAAAGGUUUGUUCACCUGGUUUCAUGUUGUUUUUUACGUGGCUUGAACAUAAUCCUAAAAAUGAGGCUGAGGCUGCAUGGACAAAUGCAGAAUUACCUGUUGCUUGUGGAAACUUCACGUUGGGUGAGACAGAAUCUACUGAAGAUAGGCUGUUGUUCUCCCAUGUUGUUUCCUGGACAAAAGGGAAAAGCAGAGACUCCUAUGAUAUUUAUCCUAGAAAAGGUGAUGUUUGGGCUAUUUACAAGGGCUGGAGUAGCACUUGGAGCUCAAAUACAGAGAUUGCACAGUUGUAUGAAUAUGAAAUAGUAGAAAUCCUUUCAGAUUUUGCUUUGGGAUCUGGAGUUAGCGUUAUUCCCUUGGUAUGGCUAGAAGAUACUGUGAGCUUGUUUGUGCGAGCAAAGGAAAAAGAAAUGCCCCCAUUUGUGAUUCCACCCAAUGAAAUACUUCGUUUUUCUCAUUAUGUUCCUUCAUAUAAGUUGAUGGGUACUGAAAGAGAAGGUAUUCCUGAGGAUUGUUUGGAACUUGAUUGUGCAUCUCUUCCCAUUAACUUCACAAAGAUGUUUCCUUCUGUUAACUGCAGUGUUAGCACAAUUAAAAAUGUAAGUGGAAGUAGUUGGUCAAGUUUGAAAUCCACUAUGGAUGAAAGACAAACUGGGACAAAUACUUUUCAGGAAACCGAGAAGAGCAGAAGUCAUGGUUCAUUGUCAAAUGGGAUGAGAAAAGAUGAUGAUUUGAAAAACGAGCACUCUAGUAUAAGUCAGAAUUUAAAACCUUCCGAAAAUGUUCAUAGUGAAGCCAAAUUUCCAGAAGUAGACACUAGUGUCAAAGAAAAUCUAGAGUCUGAACGUGUCCAUGGAAGUGUCAAUGGCAAGGAUGACUCCCUUUUGGAGUCACCUUUUUCUCCUGCUAUAUAUGAGUAUCCUGAUCCAGAAUUUUACAACUUUGAACAAGGAAAAACAAUUGCAUCUGUCCAAUGUGGUCAGAUUUGGGCUUUCUACAGUGAUGUAGAUUCAUUCCCCAAGUACUAUGGUUUGGUAAAGGAGACUGAGUUGCACAAUUUCAGAGUAAAAAUUGCAUGGCUUGACAGCUGCCCAUGCCUAGCAGAGGAGAGAAGGUGGCACAAAGAAGGAAUGCCAAUUGGAUGUGGAACUUUUGAGGUCGUUUCUCAAUAUGAGACAUUUGAUGAUACUCAUCUAUUUUCUCAUCUCACACAUGCCAAGCUAGCUGGUAAAAUAAAUCAUUACUUGAUUGAACCUGGUGUUGGUGAAAUUUGGGCAGUGUACAAAAAUUGGAGUAUUGGGUGGAGCAUCUCAGAUCUAAAAAAUUGUGAGUAUAUUUUGGUAGAGAUUUGUGAGCAUAUUCUUUCUGGCAUGAAAGUCAAUAUCUUGGUGAAGGUAAAUGGCUAUAGAUCUGUUUUUAAGCCUGAGGGUAAUGCAGAAGUUGUGACCUCAAUGGAGAUUCCAGUGAGUGAAUACAUUAGAUUCUCCCACCAAAUACCUGCAUUCAGACUAACAGAAGAAAGGGGUGGUGAGCUUCGUGGCUAUUGGGAACUUGAUCCGGCUUGUGUGCCAGGUGUUUUACUGGUCUCAGACCAAGAAAUGCAGGGAAGUGAAUGUUGAAGAUUUCAUCAGCAGUUCAUUGGGACUCCUCAAUUCAAUGUGGGAAUUAUAUGGGGGGCUUACAAAUGCUUAAAGGUGUUCAAUCAAUUCAUUGAAUUUGAUAUUCACUGGACAGGAUGAAGGUAACAUCCAACGGGAAGAAGUUUUAACAAUGUGGAAUCAGUCUUUUACAUCCAAUUAUUAUCCAGGUUCUCUGGAGCAUGCCAUGUGUUUGAUGCUUCAAUGUAUGUAUCCAACUAGUUUUGUUUACCAUGAUAACAACACUGGCUACUUAAAUUUAGUGUGCUAUGUAGAAAUGCUAGGGGAGAUUCUUGAACUUGGAAAUGGAUGAUAUUUUUUCUGCAACACUUCUUUGGUGAAAUAUAAGAUAGGCUAACUUCUGUAACUAUGGAACCUCUUUUCUACAUUAAAUUUGAUGGUCCUUGAAAGCCAACAAAUUAUAGAUUUUUUCCUU